AUGGCGCCUGCGGCGGGGCGCUGGGCCCCCGUCCUGUGGCGGGCCUGCAACUGGCUCAUGGCCGCGUUCUUCGCGCUGGCGGCCUUGGUGCAGGUAAACGACCCAGACGCAGAACUGUGGAUGGUGGUAUACAUGAUACCUGCGAUGCUGAGCCUGCUUGUGGGACUUAACCCUCUUGUCACCGGCAACUUAAUUUGGAAGAGUGCCUCUGCAAUACACAUAUUCUUUUGUAUCGCGUGGGCUGUCGGCUUGGCCUGCCACCUCUGGCUUCACUCCCGACAGAACAUCUUACAUGAGGAAGAAGGCAGGGAGCUGUUUGGUCUGGUGAUUAUCACAGUAUGGAUGGGCCUAUGUCACAGUUCAUCAAAGAAUCCGGUUGGUGGAAGAAUUCAGCUGGCGACUGCCGUUGCAAUCGCUCUCCUCCCAUUUAUCUCUUGGAUCUACAUCUACAUAAACAAGGAGAUGCGGUCCUCCUGGCCAACUCACUGCAAGACAGUAAUUUAAAUGAAGUCAAGAAUCCUCUUCUUCAAAUGAGUAUUGUCAAUCAAGUGUUUAUAAACGUGGUUGUAACAAGCCAAUUUCCUAGGAGUUUAUUUAGGUAAUUUGAGCUAAUUUUAGAGGUGAUAAAAAAAAUCCUAAGAACUUUCUGAGGAUGCCUACGACACAGCAUGGGAUUGCAUGGGACUGGUAAGAGACGGGGGUCUGACAUUCAGUUGUCACAGUGUAGUAAAAAAGGCAACAGAACGAAAGUUCAGAAAUGUGCAUUCUAACUCAACAUAUCACUACCUGUAUGCCUUGGGCAAAUAUAUGAACCUCCUGGUGGAUGUCUUCAUCUGUAAAAUAGGAUUAAUACCAGAUCUCCUACUCACUUGUACAGUUGCAAGGAUUAAACUGGAGAAUAUGAGAGCACUCCAGAAAUACCAAAUGCUUGUAAGGGGCUACACAUGAAUAAAACAGAGGAAAGCAGGGUUUGGGUGAUAGGAUAGACACAGAGGUUCAAGAAAGGGCUGUGCCCCUGCACUGAACUCACUGUAUGGGACCAGGGCAGCACCAUGAACUAAAUGGGGAUGCCAAAUGAACAAGUGUGUCUUAGAGAGGAGAGUUAGGUAGAAUAAAGGAAUUUGGGACCAAAAGGAAAGAGGCAAUAUUAAAUGCACUGCAAAUAAAAAAUAAGACCAAAAUCUGUACACAUUUUUAAAAAAAUGAAAUUCAAAGGUCACCCAGGGGAGAAGACCGUUUUGGAGCUGUACUCUCCAAUGUGUUAACUCUAGUACCAUAACCAUGAUGCAUACACACACACACAACAUGGGAACAUCACUAUGGUGCACACAUAUAUGACAUGAUAACAUCACAUAACCAUAACAUGUUGCAUUGAGCACCUGAAAUGUGGCCAGACUGAGGAAGUAAAAUUCUGCUUUUUUCAUUUUAAUUUUAAAACAUGUCAAUUCAAUCAUUAGAAAACUUGUGUGUGUGGAACGCUUAGGUAUGUUUGGAACAAUUGGACAUGUGAAUCUACUUCUUUAACUGCAGGUUUUAUAUCUAAAUACAGAUCAAGUAUUUCCAGGGAAAAUGUAAUGUCAGUGGAUGGGUUAUUAAAUAUAAAAUAGA